UCCAGCCGGUGUAUUUGGAUACAAAGUCAGCCUUAGGAGUUGACAGCCCGGUCCAUGGAAUAGAUCGUCUUUCUCACAGGGAAAGAAAACAGGAGAAGAAACGAUUCGAUUGAGAUGAACGACAGGCCGACCGACUGACCCAGCUGAGAGAACGAUUACAAGAGCAUCCUUCAGUGGAAUUCGAUGAUGUCUACAACAAAUGGGAAUAUUUCAGCGUUAUGAUACGCCCAUGCGACGAGCUGUGUGGAUGUUGUGAUGUACGGUGAACGAUCCAGGCAACCACAAACAUACAUCUGAACUGAGAAGACCGGUUGUUUUGGCUGGAAGAAGCAUGGAUAUUUUACCACUGGUCUGUGGAUUACAAGAAAUAUUGUUGCAGAAUCUAGAAAGGAAUUAGGUGGAUAUUAUUAUUAUUAAUAUUAUUAUUAUUAUUAUUAAGAUGGUGGACACAUCUUGUGUUGGCUUUUAUUUGGACAGCAUAAACACAUUAUGCAGAAUUUCGUCGCGUAAUCGUUACGACCUGGAUAAAAGUCACCUUUAUGCAAGCCACCCGCAUCACUCUCAUUCUUCAUAGAAAUAUCUCAAUAUCGCUUUAGUAUAAUCCAAUACCAAUCCGAAGUUUCGCUUAGCUUGACAUACAUUUCUAUUUAUAUACGCACCUGCCUCCAGCUUUAUGAAUCAACUGCUCUAUGACAAUAAAAUGUCUACUGUUAAAAUGACAAUCAUGGAAAAUGAGGACGAAAUGAUCGAAGUAAGCACUUGCACAUGCGAUUCAUAAAAAUAACACGAACCGACUGUCGCUUUGGCUUAUGACGUGGAUUAAAUUGCAAACAGUAUUAGUGGCUAUAGUAACGUUUAUCGAUGAAAUAUUAAUACGCCAAAUAUAUACCUUUCCUCAUAUACAAAGCGAUAAAUAUGUGGCGUACAUUGUGUAUGUCGAUUAAAGCUAAUGACAACCACGGCUCUGCCAUCUCUCUGUUGUGAUUCUCAUCUUAAAAUGGACGCGCGCUUUCCUUGAACUGUCUUGUAGCGUUCGAGAUGUCCCGAAUUUAUACAAAACAAGAGAAACGUGAAGAGAAUGUUACGAAUGUGCAAAUAAUCGUGGAUGCUUUGAAAUCGCAAGCUGGUGCAUCUCUGUGAGCCUAUCAGAGCUGAAUGUCUGAGGAUGCCUUAAGCCUGCGCAUGCAUGUGUUUAAGGCUAUGAAUAUUCAUUAACAUCCAUUGCAAAAAAAGAGUAACAUCGAUGUACGUGUACAAAUAUGAGAGUUUUACAUGGAUCAGAUGGAUUAGAGGUUAAGACAACAUUCCAGUGCAAGCUAGUUAGGUAGAAUUUAACCCCGUACUAGAACGUAAGUGAUUUUGAGGCAGAAAAUUCAGAAGAACAAUUGUUUUAUGUUUACUAAUAUUCGUUUACUUGUGGAUUCUGCUACUGAAAAGAGAAACCAAGCAAGCAGUCUCCAAGGCCUUCAAUGAAUCGUCAAUACUGCAUCAAGCAACCAAAAAGAUAAGAUUCUCACCCUUUGAUGGAAUGGAUAUUCUCACCUAAUCUUAAGGACUUCGUUUUCUUUCAGUGCCCUUGGUCAUAUUAGAGCUGUAAGCACUCAUGAACUGAUUAAAAUGGCUCUAUAAAUGUUAAGACGCACACAAAGUGUGCUGUGGACAAUCCAAGCAAUCACUUAGGACAGUGUGGGGGCAGCCCAGCCGAAGCUUUACAUAUUGAUUUCAUUCCUCAUCAAGAAGGCCUGCACUCAGUAGAUGGGCUCUGCAUGGAUAUUGUGCGCAAGUUGACAGAGGGCCUCCUCCAGCUUUUGAGACCUCAUCGCUGACUUGAACACUCAGUGAUGGAUCCAUAUACGAAACUGAGUGGAGUAGGAGCUGGAGGUGGUGGCAGUGCUGCCCCGCUCCCUUGCACCAGUAGGGGAGGUUCCUGUGGACCCCCAGUUCCCUCCGCCCUCCCAGCAAAUGCAAAUUCAAUACCCUGCCUGAGACACAGCAGCAGCAGCCAGAACUCCUCUAAUUUUUCCUCGUCAGUGGACUCCCCAGAUUCCCAUCUUCCUCAUCAUCAUGAAGGCAGUAACACGUACUGGACAGCUGUCUUCGAUUAUGAGGCCACAGCGGACGAGGAGCUGACCUUGCGGCGUGGCGACCUACUGGAGGUGCUCUCCAAGGACUCUAAGGUGUCUGGAGAUGAGGGCUGGUGGACUGGGAAGAUCCAGGACAAGGUGGGCAUAUUCCCUAGCAAUUACGUGACCCGACGGGACACCAGCUAUCCGGCGUUGCCUCCGGAAGGUCUGGUUGGUGGGGAGUCGCCACUGGAGAUUGACUUCUCAGAGCUGUGCUUGGAGGAGGUGAUUGGUGCUGGUGGCUUUGGAAAGGUCUACAAGGGUGUGUGGCGAGAUGAGGAAGUGGCUGUUAAAGCAGCUCGUCAGGACCCGGAUGAGGACAUCAGUGCUACUGCAGAGAAUGUGAGGCAGGAGGCCAGACUCUUCUGGAUGCUCCGACACCGCAACAUCAUUGCUCUCCGUGGUGUUUGCCUGCGGGAGCCAAAUCUUUGCCUGGUUAUGGAAUACGCCCGUGGCGGGGCGCUUAACCGGGCACUUGCUGGGAAGAAGGUGCCUCCUCGGGUACUGGUGAAUUGGGCAGUGCAGAUUGCGACGGGAAUGGACUACUUGCACAAUCAGACCUUUGUGCCAAUCAUCCAUCGAGACCUCAAAUCCAGUAACAUUUUGAUUCUGGAGCCUGUGGAGAGAGACGACCUGAGUGGGAAGACUCUGAAGAUCACAGACUUCGGGCUUGCUCGGGAAUGGCAUCGCACCACGAAGAUGAGCGCAGCGGGCACGUAUGCCUGGAUGGCUCCAGAGGUCAUCAAGCUGUCCCUGUUCUCCAAAAGCAGCGAUGUGUGGAGUUUUGGAGUGUUACUCUGGGAGCUGCUGACUGGUGAGGUGCCAUACCGUGAAAUUGAUGCUUUGGCUGUGGCCUAUGGAGUUGCUAUGAACAAGCUAACCCUUCCCAUCCCCUCCACCUGCCCUGAGGCCUUUGCACAGCUGCUGGGAGAGUGUUGGUGUCCUAACCCACAUGGACGUCCUUCUUUCGGGAGUAUCUUAAAAAGGCUGGUGGACAUUGAGCAAUCAGCCAUGUUCCAGAUGCCCCUCGAGUCUUUCCAUUCCCUGCAGGAAGACUGGAGGCUGGAGAUCCAGCAGAUGUUUGAUGAACUACGAGCAAAGGAGAAGGAGUUGCGUUCCUGGGAGGAAGCUCUGGCACGGGCAGCUGAGGAGCAGAGGGAGCAAGAGGAGCAUCUGAGGAGACGCGAGCAGGAGUUAGCCGAGAGGGAGAUCGACAUUGUGGAGAGAGAGCUCAACAUCAUCAUCCAUCAGAUGUAUCAAGAGAAACCACACGUGAAAAAACGCAAAGGCCACUUCAAAAAGAGCAGACUGCUCAAACUUGGCAGAGACAGCAACUGCAUCAGUCUGCCAUCUGGUUUUGAACAUAAGAUCACAGUGCAAGCAUCACCCAGCGUGGACAAGAGGAAAGGUCAGGGUAGUGAAAGCACCACUCCUCCAGCCAGCCCAGGGGUCAUCCCUCGCCUCAGAGCCAUACGUUUGACGCCCAGUGAUGGAAGGAAGACGUGGGGCCGGACGGCUGUGUGUAAGAAAGAAGAUUUAGGGACCAAGAAGAAGGGCCGAACAUGGGGACCCAGCUCCACACAUCAGCGCGAGAGAGUUGGUGGAGAGGAUAGGUUAAAGUCACUCGGGGAGGGUAAGGUGUGGUCCUCCAGUGCUCCAAAUCUGGGAAAGUCCCCAAAACAUGCUCCUAUGACAGCUGGAUUCUCAAGCCUAAAUGAAAUGGAGGAGCACUGUGAGUUUGAUGACAGUUCCCCUGGACGCCUGGCUCCUGAGCUGGGCAGUAAUGGAGCGAUGGAGGAGGUGGGUUUAGGAUCAGCGGGUGUAGGGCCAGGAAUAGGCUCACAGGAUUCAGUUCGGCGCUGCAGCCAGAGGAAAAAGAGCGACCUGUUGUUGCUGGGCUGUGCCUCCAUACUAGCCGCUGUGGGCUUGGGUUCUGACAUUUUUCAGCUGGGACGACAACAGAUGAGUCAAGAUGAGCAGGACAUCCGAGAGGAGCAGAGAAAGAAGAAGGAGGGUUUAUUUCAGCGCACAGGCCGAUUUAGACGUAGCACCUCUCCACCCAGCCGUACACUGUCACUCUCCCUGUCCCAUAACCGCCAUCACGACUCCACCCUGCCCAGCAUGGACCCAUCACCUUCCGUUACCCUCCUCUCUUUGUCCUCCCUCUCUGACUGCAACUCCACCAAGUCCCUGUUGCCCUCUGAUCCUGAUGACUUUGCCCCGACCCCUAGUAGUGCUCAUCCGGUGGUCUCUCCCGCGCCGUCAUUAAACCCUCUGCUGGACCUGAGGGCGGAGAGCUUUAAACGAGAGCCCAAUCAGUCCCUCACUCCCACCCACGUCUCUGCAGCUAUGGCAUUAAACCGUGGGCACCGCCGGACGCCCUCUGAUGGGGCCAUUCGUCCUCGAGCGCAGACAGUCGUGGGGCAUCGGCGCACACCCUCUGAUGGGAGUAUGCCCUUCCCCCCUGCACAAGCCCUAACUAUUACGCCAUAUACAGGUUCUCGUGAAACUCUUGACAUUCCACGCCUGCCUGACCCGUCUAUGAUCUACCCCUCAGCCCAUCGGCGCAAACCUCCUCCCCCCAUUCCCGUGCCAGAGCCAGACAGCCAUACGGGCACACUCGAGCGUCCCAAAACCCUUGAGUUCGCUCCCCGCCCCCGACCCACCCCGGCUCGGGCACGUCCGGACCCCUGGAAACUAUCAUCUCUAUCCCAGACGCUCAGUUCGUCUCCAGGUAGCAGCUGCGACAGUCCGCUGGGCUCGGGUGACAGCGGAGUGAGCGCCGGAGUGGGUGUCGUCCAUCAAAGCCUUCUCGACAUGGACAUGGAAGGCCAGAGCCAGGACAGCACUGUCCCCCUGUGCGGACAACACCCACAGGCCACUCUAUGCGGUCAACAAUUCUCAUAGAAAGACAGAAACCCCACUCGAACCAGCAUUCUGUGGUCGUCCGUCGUAAGAGGUUUCCCCACAGUUUGCCCCGUGAUCCCAUCAGACCACGUUCUCUGGCAGCUCUAAUGGAAAAGCUGCCCUCUGCAGUAGCUAGACAGACGCCUUCUGGACAGGUUAAGAGAUAAAUGACCUUGAUUUGUUUAUCUCAGCUUGUCCGCAGUGACUCAUUCGCUGUGAGUUUAAUGGGCCUCGUAACAGCUGAGAUCGGUUGGUUAAACAGUGGCCUGUAGUGAGCAGAAGAGGGCAGUCUAACUACUGUAGGUCUGUGACCCUCCUUGUUUGUCCAUAUCUCUGUUAUCAUAGGGCCAGUCUCUCGCCUCUUCAUUAUCAUCAUGGUUACAACCCGUUUUUUGGCCUGGAAGAAAAAUACAAAUUGUUGUUUUUUUUUCUCCACAUCAUCCCCUCCAGUGUGUACAUUGUAAAGUUCAGUGAUGCUUUCUGUAUUUACAAUCAGGAGAAUUGUGUAUGCAUUUAACUGCAAUGAUACAGGGAUCUGCAUUCAUUGUAAUAUAUUGAUACAAUAUAAAAAAUAGGUGUACCAUAAGAAUUUUAUAUUUUUAUUUUUUGGAAAAAACAAACUACAUCUCAAACGACUCUCUGCAUGACCUAAUCAGAAUGUGAGAGCAGUCCAAACGUGAAAUGAAACAUGAGCAGAUGCUUUCUCUCCAUGUGUGGAGGUACUUGGCACUUUCCAAGGAUAGGGUACACUUUUUUCAAGCAUUAGAGGCAUAAAUACCAUGUUUUUGAUUCUAAAGCAGUGUGAUGUCACAUUGUUUAGGCCCCACCCACAGCAGCUAAAAGCAAUCUCUGUAGCCCCUAUUGAUAGCCCUAUUAGCAACACUUUUCUUCUUUUUUAAAAUGUAUUAUCUAUUUAUUUUUAUGUUUAUUGCAAGAAAACAACAAAAUCAAAUGAACCAGAAAACUCUAUAUAAACUCUAUUUAGUAAUCCCAAAUCAAUUCUACACUAGUGUUUGAGGUUGGAAAGAUUUUUUUUUAUGUUUGCCAAGGUUGCAUAUAUAUUUUAUUGGUGAAACCCUAUGGUAAUUGUUAGAAUGUUCAUAGAUCAGCAAUCUCGAGGUAAAACUAAUUGGGCAGACCAAACCGUAAGUUGUAGAGACAUAACUUGAAUAACCCCAAUUGCCCUGACGGGAGUGCUACAGCAAUCAAAAGUAAAUUUUCAGGUAUUUUGAAUUUUUGCGAACUAGCCAAUCAGAACCAAAGUGGUGCUGAAAGAUUCUCCUGAGAGUGAAUAUCAAUAAUUAUCAAAAAAGUUGAACUUUCGACUCACUGUUGCAAAGGGACGCCAAAACGUUAAAAUGGGCAGGGAACACUUAUGUAAGAGCUCUAUCCGAGGUCACAUGACCAAAGCGUAAAUUGUGGAGACCUGAAACUUGUAGGGAUGGUAGUAUCACACCAUCAACAACAUGACCAUGGCUUGCCCAAAUUGUCCUGACAGGGGCGCUACAGUGAUCAAAAGUAUGAAAUCGUUCAUAACUCCUGAAUGGUUAGUCACAGGCUCAAGUGUCUUGUGUUGUUGGAAUCAUUGGCUCACGGCGGACAAGUCAUAGAGACUUGAAACUUGGAGGGAUGGUAGUACUCACACCGUCUACAAUGUCACCAAGGCCCGCUCCAAUCGGACUGACGUGGGCGCUACAUUGAUCAAAAGUAUGAAAUCUCUUACAACCCCUAAACCAUUGGUCGCAGGCUUAGGGGUCUUCUGUUAUUGGAAUCCUUGGCUCACACCAGACAAGUUGUAGAGACUUGAAACUUGGAGGGAUGGUAGUAGUCACACUGUCAACAACAUCACCAAGGCUUGCCCCAGUCGGACUGACAGGGGCGCUACAACAAUCGAAAAUACAAAAUCGCUCAUAACCCCUAAACCAUUAGUUGUAUGCUCGAGUGUCUUUUGUCAUUGGAAUCAUUGGCUCACGCCAGACAAAAUGCACAUCUACUUUUGCGAAACUAGCUGUUUGGAAACAAAGUGGUGCUGAAAUAUUCUCUGGAGAGUGAAUAUCAAUAUUAUUAUUUAAAAAGUUGAACUUUCGCCUCACCAUCGCAAAGGAACACCAAAACAUUUGAAAGGGACAGGGAACUUGUAAGGCUCGCCCCAAUCGGACUGACGGGGGUGCAACAGUGAUCAAAAGUAUGAAAUCACUCAUAACUCCUAAACUGUUAGUCGCAAGCUCAAGUCCUCUGUUAUUGGAAUCCUUGGCUCACGCCGGAUAAGUUGUAAAGACUUAAAACUUGAAGAGAUGGUAUUCACACCGUCAACAACGUCAUUGAGGCUUGCCCUAAUUGGGCUCACUGGGGCGCUAAUGUUUUAUGUCAUUGGAAUCCUUGGUUCACGUUGGACAAAACGGAUUCAAUAUUGGCGAAAUUUUCCAGUAUUUUGGAUUUUUUGAAAAACCUGCUUUUGCAAACUAGUCCUAGGUUUUUCGCCCAAUCAGAACCAAAGUGGUGCAAGAAGAUUCUCUAGAGAGUAAAUGUCAAUGAUUAUCAAAAAGAAGAGUUGAGCUUUCGACUCACCAUCACAAAGGAUUCCAAAGGGCUCUGCCCCUUUUGAACAGAAUGAGAUCUUCAACAAACUCAGUACACUUACGUAAGAACUCGAUCAGAGUUCACAUGAUAAAAAAAUCGCGUUUUGCCAUUUUGUGGCACUAUAAGAGGGAAAAAAUCCCAAAAUGGCUAUAACUACACAACCGUUUGUCCUAUCAACAUGAAAAUUGGUAUGCACAGUCUUAGUCCAAAGGGCCACAAGUGUACAUAAGGACAUUUGUGUAUCUCAAAAAACAUGGCUGCCAUUGGCAGAUGAAAUUGAGCACCUAUUAUACAAAGUUAAAGGAGGUCAAUCAGAACAAAACUCAGUGGGCCUGUUUGACUCUAAAGGUCUGUGAGAAACUUGAAAGAAAUCGGUCACUAGAUGGCUAAGUACACAACUCUACAUUCCGGCUUUUCACACAUACAAACAAUAUUCGUGUCACAUGAUAGACCCAACAACUCUGCUUCUAGAACCACUGCUGUCAAUCAAAACAUUUGUUAAAUAUUGAGAACUAGUCCUAGGUUUUUUCCUAUCUGAACAAAAAACAAACAAAAAAAACACAUACACACACUGCAGUACAAUUCUCUGGACUCUAAGAAAAGGAAAGGCCAAGUAUGGUGACCCAUAGAAUUUGUGCUCUGCCCGUCCAAGUGCACACACACAGACCUUCAAUCCCUGACAGACCUGGGACUCAAACCCGCAAACUUCUGGUUACAAGCCCAAAUCCCUAACCAUUAGGCCACAGCUGCCCCAGGUCAAUAAUUACCAAAAAAAAAAAAUGCAAUUUACCCUUUGGGAAGCUAUAAAAGGGUUGUUUGGAAAAGAAGCCUGUCCAAAUAUACCCAAAAUAUGCCCUAUAAAGCCUAAAAGAAAACUCAAAACUUCACAAAACCUGGUGACAGCUAAAUCUAAACAAGCAUGCAAAGUUUUAUGGAGAUCAUACCACAGGUGGCACUAUAACAGGAUUCAAAAACACUGUAUUUCUAUGGUAAAUGACCUCAAAUUGCAGAAAAUGUUCAGACAUUCAUGCAUACAGAUCUUCGCAUCAUACAAUCGAUCUCCUCAUUCUGAACAACUUCGCCUCUAGGACGACUGCUGUCAAUUAAAUUGUUCUUUAAAUAUUUGACAUUAUUUUAAAAACCCACUUUGGGAAUUCCUUCAGUCUGACCAUACAUAAAAAUCAUCAUAUUUAUAUGGUAAAUUACCUGGAUUUGCCAAAAAUGUUUGUUUCAAUCAUUGAUUUAGGAGGUUACAGGCUUGCUAAAUAAUACAUGUCAUUUUCAUAUGUCCUUAAAAGCAUAAAAUGUCACUUGUAAAUGUAAAUGUAAUUUAUUCCUAUGAUGGUAGAGCUGAAUUUUGAGCAGCCAUUACUCUAGUCUUCAGUGUCUUUCAGAAAUCAUUCUAAUAUGCUGAUUUGGUGCUCAAAAAACAUUUCUUAUCAAUGCGAAAAA